AUGCGAUACCUGCAAGUCUCAGUCUUGGCCAGAUUAGGGAGAGCGAGAAAGAAAGAGAAAGAGAGAGAGAGAGAGUUGAUUCGGAAGGUUCUUCUGCUGCCCGCCUUUUGUCCAGACGUGGUCAGAUCUGCUCAUCGUCAAUGUCAUGCCACGAGACCGCCCUGGCGAACCGGGAAACCUGACUCGCCAGAUGGCAUGAAGCAUCCAAAAAGUCGGAACGUCGAGUGGGAGAAAAUGCCAGAUUUGCCUGGUUUGCGCAAUCCUUCCUCGAAUCGGGUGAAAACGGGCCAGGCUUUCAUCCAUCACAUGAUGGAGUUCAUCAAAGCAAUUAGACAAAAAGAAUGA